AUGCAAGAAGUCUGCAGCACCCUGGACACGACCCCAAUGGGCACGCAGAUCAAAUCGGAAUCACCGCUCAAUCCUCUACAGGUGCAAACCGGACAGACCUCGCUCCCAGUGGGUGGUGGAUGUGGCGGAGUCGGUGGACCCGUCGGAGUGGGUGUCGGACAGCCUGGUGUCGGUCAGCAGGGAGCACCACCGGUGCCGGCGGUGAUGCUGGUCAACAAGAUGGCUCCGAACUGUGAUAAACGGGCUGCGGAUACGGCCUACUGGAUGGCAGCCUCCGAGGGUGGAUUCAUCAACUCGCAGCCAUCGAUGGCCGAGUUCCUCAAUCACCUGAGUCCGGAGAGUCCCAAAAUCGGGACACCUGUUGGUGCUGGCGCCAUCGGAGGAGGUGUGGGCGUCAAUGUUAAUGUCAAUGUUGGCGGGGUCGGCGUCGGAUAUCCGGUCGGCGUUGUCCCUCAAACGCCGGAUGGCAUGGACUCGGUGCCGGAGUAUCCCUGGAUGAAGGAGAAGAAGACAUCCCGCAAGAGCAGCAAUAACAACAAUCAGGGUGAUAACUCCAUAACUGAAUUCGUUCCAGAAAACGGCCUGCCCCGACGACUACGCACCGCGUACACCAACACCCAGCUGCUGGAGCUGGAGAAGGAAUUCCAUUUCAAUAAAUAUUUAUGCCGCCCAAGGAGAAUCGAAAUAGCUGCCAGCCUGGACCUGACCGAGCGACAGGUAAAGGUUUGGUUCCAAAACCGCCGCAUGAAGCACAAGAGGCAAACGCUCUCGAAGACCGACGAUGAGGACAACAAGGAUAGCCUCAAAGGUGACGAUGAUCAGUCCGAUAGCAACUCCAAUUCGAAGAAAUCGUGUCAAGGCUGCGAACUGCCCUCCGAUGAUAUCCCCGAUUCCACGUCCAAUUCCCGCGGACACAACAAUAACACGCCGAGCGCCACCAAUAAUAAUCCGAGUGCUGGAAGUCUAACGCCUAACUCAUCCCUGGAGACGGGCAUCUCCUCGAACCUGCUGGGCAGCACCACCGUAUCCGCCUCGAAUGUGAUCAGCGCCGACUCCAGUGUGGCAUCUAGUGUCAGCUUGGACGAGGACAUUGAGGGUAGCUCCAUCAAGGUGAAGAAGAAAGACGAUGGACAGGUGAGUCAUCAAAAGGAGGCGGUGUCCACCUCUUCGAAGGCCUCUCCCUUUGGCUAUGAGAACUCCACGCCCAGCAGUCUGGUCAGCUUUCGGCGAGACUCGGAUGCAGCCGUUGUUGUGGGAGGAGGAGGUAGUGCACCCAUUAGCAAAGCGAGCGCCAAGAAACGUUUCCAGAGCGGUGCCAAUGCCAUUGCCACGCCCACUCCGCUAACUGAUAGCAACGGGGGAAAUGGGGGUGGUGGUGGCCCAGCCGGUGGUUAUUUCCCCGGUUACUAUCCUAGUCCCAAACAUCAGCAGCAGCAGAUGCAGCAGCAGCAGCAACAACAACAGCAGCAACUGCACCCUCAACAGCAGCAGCAGCCACAGGACUAUUACUGCAAAUACGAUAUUGAAUUCGCCGCAUCACCACACCACAAUACCCACAAGCAGCAGGCGCUCCACGGCGAGUAUCUGAGUCCCAAACCAACCGCAACCAGUUUCCACCAAAAUAGUCAACAACAACAACAACAGCACGAACAGCAGUUCUACUACAACUACAAUGACACCAACGGCGGCAGUGCGUACUUGAACCACCAGCAGCAGCAACACCACCAGCAACAGGCACACCACCAUGUGGCUGACUUUGAAGCGCCCCCUGUUAACGGGCCGAGCAACUUUAACAACGGCUCGUAUUACGACAAUAUGAGUUUUCAACAGCAGGCGCAGGCGCACCAGCACCAAGCGGUGGUGUUCCAACAACAACAACAGCAUCAGCAACACCAACAGGCGGCGAUUAACCACCAGCAUAUGCAUCAACUGGGCGCCGGAGAGACAUAUAGUGCCCUGGGCCUGCAAAUGGAAAAUUGCGAGGGCUACAACAGUUUCGGGGGCGGCGGAAGCGGGUCUGGCUACUACGAGGCGGGUCAACAACCCCCGGGUCCGGCCACCCACUCGCACGGCCACCAUCCGCACCACCACGUGCAGGUCCAGGCGCAGGCGCACGCCCACAUCCAUGCCCACCACAAUCCAGCGGCAGCAGCCCAAGCAGCUGUGGGAGUUCCGGGUUCGGUGGGAGUAGGAGUUGGAGUUGGAGUUGGAGUUGGGGUUGGAGUUGGGGUGGGACCACCUCCGCCGCCGCCAUCGCACAUCCACGGAUUCGCUCUGAACGGAGUAGGGCCUGGUGGCCAGGGUCAGGGCUUUAGCAAUAAUGGAGCCAACGCUGCAGGAGCUGCGAUCGGUGGACUGGAGAACUCGAACAGCUCGUCGGACUUCAACUUCCUGAGCAACCUGGCCAACGACUUUGCUCCGGAGUACUACCAACUCAGUUAG